AUGGCUGCCCUCACAGAAGCCCAGCCUCGUGGGAGCGCCGAGUUCGUCGAGAGUUCGAUUCUUGAAGCUGUCGUUCCCUCGGAUUCCGACUUUGAUGUCGAAGACGAGAUAACGUCCUGGGAUGGAUCCAAUGAAGAAGAGAAUGGCUCGGUCCUGCCGUUUCUGUCGCAGCGGCAGGUGCUCCUGCUUCUAGAUGAACUAGUUCCAGUCUACAUUGUCUUCCGUACUCCGUUGAUGGAAGACGCCACUCUGAAAACUUAUCUAUCAAGACUAGCCGUCAACGUAGAGGCGAUUGCUUUCAGUACCGCUCCUCCACCAGAAUCGGAAGCUAAAGGACCGCCCCCCAAAGAGGUCAUUUCUUCAGAGACCAUCACUGAUGCAAUUGAGCCGGUCGUUGUACGCCACGAUGAAGAAGGCUCCCCUCACAUCUACGUGGUCUGGAAGUUGGAGAUUUUCAUAAGUAAGCUCAUUUUGCGCCGGUGCUAUCUUAUUGUCUCACACUCAACAGGUCGUCCGAGAGCUCGUUUCCACAAGCCAGCGGUGUACUUCCAGCCCACAGCAUCCCUGAAGCCAGCAGAGAAGAUAAGUGUUCUUGAGGAUGAAUACCUACCGAGCAGAGUCCCAACAGCCCUGAAUCUUCUUCAAUCUUUUGAAAGCGAUCCGGCGUUGGCCGGCAUCCAUCCACGCCUUUCUGCGCUGCGCAUAAACAAGAUUGCGCCCACUGCACCUGUCGCCAAAGAGUUGACUAGACCGAUCCGAACCGGCCAAAGGCGGCUCUUCCGUGCAUUACCUGCGUUGAUAUGGCGAGUGAGAUACUCCAAGGUUCAAUCCGCCAUAAAUGACAUGUCUCUUAUGGCCUCAUUGGACCUCGAGGUCGCAUACAUCACUGGAUGCCGGCUGACCAUCGAGGAUGUACAUCUGUCGUUGCGAGGAGGAGAGGUGAAGCCCAUAUCCGACCACAGUCUCAUCAAGCACAUCCACAAGCCUGGCGAUCAACUCACGUCUCUAUAUAAAAUCACGCCAGAUCUGGCUGUGGAUGGCACGCCACUCCUUGGCAACGAGGGUCAUCUGUUGACUCUGGAGAUCAAGGCCAAGGUCCUGGUUUCGGAAGAUUGCCAGCCCCAAGUAAGCAUUGGGUGGCAGACAGCCGUGGACUUUUCUGCCGAGCAAAAUUCGGCAUUGGUGAAAGCGGCCCACAGACUGAGCAAUCCUUUGACACAUGCACCUAAAAAUCAGGAAUCAGACUCAAAUGCUACCCAGGAAAAAGACGGGCAACAGGUGGAGAAACACCAAGACACCUCAAUACAUGUGACCCUAACAAUAACUGGACCACCUCAGGUCACAGUUGGCGAAAUGUUCAACUGGAAUGUCUUCAUUGUGAAUCGGUCCGACAAAACUCGAAAGCUUGCUGUCUUGGUUGUCCCUAGGAGGCGGCGAGACUACGAUAGGCAACGACCGCUAUCGUCAGCAUCCUCAAUUGCGGGUUAUCGCUCCGACAAGAAAGAACUGCUCGCGAAUGCCGUGGUAGAUGAGAACAUCGUAUAUGCCAAACAGAAGAACGCACGCACAGAGACAGCAGAGCUGAUAUGCUUGACCACGGAUAUCAGGAUUGGGUACGUUCAAUUGCGCCAACCCAUUUCUCGGACUAUCUGCUAA